AUGCUGAACUCAGAUACCCCAACAGAGAAAGCAUGCUUAGCCCUAGUUCACGUUGUGCAGAAAUUCAGAAAUUAUUUACUGUCGAACAAAGUGGUGUUAAUAUCCAGAGUUGAUCCUAUCAAGUUCUUACUCUCAAAACCGGCCUUGAUAGGAAGACCGGCCAAAUGGCUGCUCCAAACAUCAGAGUUUGAUAUAACGUGCGCUCCUCCAAAAGCUAUCAAAAGACAAGCGGUGGCAGACCUGCUAGCAGCAUUCCCAGGAGAAGGAACUACCGCACUGCAUGAAGACCUUCCAGGGGAAUUUCCAGAAAUCUCUUUUAUCAAAGAGGAGGUAUGGCUAUUAUAUUUCGAAGACUCUGCUACUCCUAGUAAUAAUACUGGAGGAGCGGGUAUAGUUCUAGUGUCUCCAGCGGGCGAAGUCCUUUCACAUUCUUUCAAGUUGGACUUUCAGUGCACCAACAAUUCGGCAGAAUACGAAACUUCCCUCGUAGGAUUUUCACUAGCCAAACAAGCAGGAGCCACACACCUGGAAGUAAGAGGCGACUGUAAGUUGCUGGUCAAUCAGAUGAAUGGGGUCUACUCACUCAAGGAGGUAACGCUGGACCCCUAUAGAUCCGAGACGCGAAAGAUAUUGAACUACUUUGUUGAUGCGACCAUAACCCAUAUUGGCCGCAAUAACAACAAACACGAUGAUUGCCUAGCCAAAUUGGCCUUGAAACUGCAAUUCGAAGGCUUGGAAGAGACUUUGAUCGUAAGGAGACAGACUGUAGCGUCAACAUGGAUCACACAAUCUAAAGAUGCUGAAACUGACGACUGGAGUAAUCCAACUGUUCAAGAGCUAAAAAAUUCGCUCUCCCAAGGAAAGUUCAAUAUCAAAAUCCUACGAAGCUUUUUCAUGCUUCAUGGAGUGUUGUACCACUGGAAUCCAGAUGGGUCUCUGUCAAGAUGUCUUGGAGAUGAGGAAGCGCAAUUACAAUUUAACUGUAUUAACAAUGAGAUUUGCGGGAAAACGUUGGUAGUGACUCUUUACCGACGUCUUCAACGCCUUGGCUUCUACUGGACGGAUAUGGAGACUCAAUAUCGAUCAAUCCAAGGGUCUUUCUCCAAUUGUCAAAUACCGCCACAUCAAUUGGAGGUUUUCAACAUGAGCCACGCUAGGGACUGGUGA